GAGAGAUGCGGCAAUAAAUGGAAGCUCCUUCACUCUGCCAAACUAAUACGUGUACUUAUUAAGGUUUGACAAAGACAUAACUGCUUCUGUAAUUAGGAUAUACUACUACUACUACUUUUGUUUUUCAAAACUAAAACGAGAAUUGGCACCAUAAUUACCUAACAUCUCAAUCUCUCCCAAUCCAUCCCCCUUUUUCCCUCUUAAACCUCCUCUAAAAGCAAAAAUAAACCAACCCCUCAACUACCUUAACCACCACCACAAUCUCCCUCUCCACUCUUCCCCCGUUUGCUCACUAUUUUCUCUCUCACUCACUCCUUACCCCCAUUCGCCUCUCUCUUUCUCUCACAAAAUGCAAAAUUUCCCACCACUACAAUCUCCUUCCUCAAUUACCAAAAUCCAAACUUUGAACAACUAAAUCUUACCCUUUAUCCCAAACUAACAAAACAAAAUCCAACAACCCCCACUUCUAGUUCUUUCUUCCUCCAAAAACCCCACCUUUCCCCUUCAAACUCCCCCCAAAAAAACCCAAAUAAAAAAAAAAUCUUUGUUCUAUUUUAGUUCCCAUUUUCAAUGUUGCAACCUUGGAACAAACCUCGUUCUUCUCCAUUCUCAUGUUCUUCCUUCAAAGACAUUCAAACCCUCUUCUUAGAUGAACCCACCACCACCAAACCCAAACCCUCUAUCUUCCACCGAGUCACACUCGCCAACUCGCUCCUCCGCGCCUGGUCAACUAACCCCAAAAUCUCCUCACGCGCCCACGACGAAGCCCCACGCGCCGCCCAACCACACCCUCCGCCGUCCAUUCUCCGCUCGGAGCAGCGCGUGGUGGUCUACUUCACGAGCCUGCGCGUGGUCCGCGCCACGUUCGAGGACUGCAAAACGGUGCGUUCCAUCUUGCGCGGGUUCCGCGUCGCGCUGGACGAGCGCGACGUGUCCAUGGACUCGGGUUUCCUCUCGGAGCUCCGUCGGGUAACGGGUCACAAAUCCGGUUUGACCCUGCCACGUGUCUUCAUUAACGGAAGGUACGUCGGUGGGGCCGAGGAGCUGAGGUGGCUGCACGAGAGUGGCGAGCUCAAGAAGCUUGUCGAGGGCUUGCCCGCAGUGGAUUCGCACCUCCGUGUGUGCCACGUGUGCGACGAUCAUAGGUUCGUGCUGUGCGGGGAGUGUUCCGGUGCGCGCAAGGUGUACGCGGAGAAAGGUGGGUUCAAGACGUGUACGGCUUGCAACGAGAGUGGCUUGAUCAGAUAAGAUAAGGCUGAGUAGACUCAAGAUAAGGCAACUUCUAAACGACUGACACGUGGCACACGAUGACGAGGAUAGGAUUGCGGUCAUCCUUAUCCUGAAGAUUACUCUCUUUACAACACACCUAUAUACAAGAUUUCUUCAGCAGUUACUAAUCUGAUCUGGUCGAUAAUGACAAGUUGUAAUGCUGUACUUCUGACCUGGUGAGACUUCCGUAUACUGGGUGAUGAUAAUGAUAUCUCUUUUUGUGUAACAAUUUCUCUAUCAAUUGAGCAUUGUAGUCUUUCCAGUCUUGUUCUAAUGCAAAAUAGUCAUCAACCAAAUCUUUUACCUUUUGAAACUCAGGUUCUGGAACAUAAAUCUCUGUUCGGAUUUGACCAUCAUUAGUAUUCUGAGUAAUUAUUAACUUCAUAGAGAUUUGGAUCUUUGGGAUGAACUUGGUAGAUUUGGAUCCAAAGGUCAGUAUGAGUAAUUAUUAACUUUACAGAGAUGUCUUGCCAGCUGGUUGCGAUAACUUUCUUCCAAGGGAUAUGUUUCAAAAGUUCCCUAAAUUUGAGCUUCAUUUCUAGACCAGAGUUGUCCUUGCUCCAUAAAGUAAGGACGGUGAAUAAUCACAAUAGAAACUAGUUCUCUUAUGUGAUCUUCUGAGAUUUCUCUUUGUCUCUCAAUGUCUAGAAUUUUUUUCAGCUUCAUACGCCACCAUGCUAUAGAGAAAACCACUCUAACAUUGUCCAUAAAAGAUAUUCAUCUUUAUAUGGAUUUGUCAAGAUGUUGUAUGUCAUAAAAGGUUUUAGGGUGAUGGGGAUUGAAUAUUGUACUGUAUUACACCAAAUGACCCAUAUGGUUGGUUCACACAAAUCCCACCCAAUCUCACAGAACAGUUCAAAUAUACCUCCAAAGGGUAUCUCAGGAUCAAAUAUUUGUGCUGGAGUGUAUUUGAAUCUCAUGGUUUCAUGUAGAAAAUGGAAGUAAUGAGACUUAGCAUAUUCAAGGAUCUGUGCAGGAGUAUGGGUAAUCAAUCUUGGAGGGAAAACCUUAAUAGUUUUGGCUGUUUCAGAUAAUGGUUUUACCAUGAAUAUUAAUGGGAAGGGGUGAGUGGAGGUUAUCACCUUAACGGUCUUAUUGUUUGGUUUGGAUAAGAAAUCAGGAAUCAAAUUAUUCUUCCCUUUUAUGUGUUUCACAGAAAAAUCAUAUAUGGAGAACCAAUCCUUGAGCCUUAAGAUUUGAGGAUCUGGUGGCAUCUUGUUUUUAAAUUCCAAAAUUUUUGGGAAUGACGAAUUGUCCAUGUGAACCUGAAACUGGUGUCCUCUCAAAUGAAAAUCAAAUUUCUUGAUUCCAUUUUUUUUUA